AUGGCAGCAAACUCCUCCCAGAUCACACUGCUCACAUCGGGAGCCGGUCAAAGUCCAGUGGUUCUGUACGUUAUGGGAAGCAUCUAUAUUGUCACAACCUGUGGCUGGUGGCUUGCAUUCCGCCGCGUCCCCUCUGUCUACCUUCUGUCCCUCCCUUUCGUUUUGUAUGGCUUUGCAUUCUUUGUCAUCGGCAUUGCAGCUUUCAUCUCAGUGGGCACCGGCCAAAAUUGGGCAUAUCACGUUGCGACUGCCCUUUACAUCAUUGGUUCUUCGAGCGGGUAUCUGUUCUUUUCCCUCAACUUUGGGGAUGAUGGUGGCUCAAAGAUUGAGUCUUGGGUCUAUCGUGCAUGCAUCAUCCAAGGCACACAGAACCUCUACAUUGCUGCACUCUUCUUCUGGGGCGCUGAGAUGGCCGCAGGAAAUGGCAAGGGGAUCGUCGAGUCUGCUGGAAAUGUUGCAGCUAUCACCAUGCCAAUUGGAGUAUUAUUGAUAGCAGUGGCACUGUUACUGUUUACGGGCCUACCGAGCUACUACCGGCAAACUCCAGGCAAGAUCCCGGCUUUUUACAAGAGCAUUCUGCGGCGCAAGAUCAUCAUCUGGUUCUCAAUAUCUAUCGUUUUGCAGAACUAUUUCCUCAGCAUGCCUUAUCAAAGAAACUGGAACUACUUCUGGGGAUCCAAAUACGUUCCUCGCUGGGGGAUGUUCCUGCUCGCCGUGGUUUUCUUCAUCGGGAUCUGGUCCAUCCUACUCGCCAUCCUUGCCUGGCGAUCCAAGACUCACUCAUGGAUCGUUCCCAUCUUUGCCAUCGGUCUUGGAGCCCCACGCUGGGCCCAGAUGCUCUGGAGUACAUCGGGGAUUGGCUGGUGGGUGCCGUGGAUGGUCGGUGGACCUCAAGGCUAUGCCAUCGGGGCCCGGGCAGUCUGGCUCUGGCUAGGCGUUUUGGACUCUAUUCAAGGCGUUGGCUUUGGUAUGAUUCUGUUACAGACCCUCACCCGCAUUCACAUUGCCGCGUCGCUAUGUGCCGCGCAGUUGAUAGGCACGGUGACAACUUUGGUUGCUCGUGCCACUGCGCCAAAUCGUGACGGGCCGGGAGAUGUUUUCCCUGACUUUUCAGCAGGCAUUUUGGAAGGAAUUUCCAAGCCAUGGUUCUGGAUCGCGUUGGGCUGCCAGUUGGCAAUCCCCAUAGGCUUCUUCAUGUUCUUCCGCAAGGAGCAACUUAACAAGCCAUGA